AAAACGAAAUUCAUAGCAAACCAAAUAGAAAAAGAAAGCGAAAAAGAAAAAGAAAAAGAAAAAGCUUACCUCUCUGUCUGUCUCCCCCACUCAGCGCUUUGACGGCUACCAUUAACGCGUGUCGCUACUGCUUCAGGCAAGGCCCCUUCCAGAUCUGAGCCCUCCCAAGAACUCCACUCAAUCAUUUACUUACAUCUCUCUUUUUUAUUAUUAUUCUUUCUUGGCUUCGGAUUUGGAUUUUGGAUUUUGGAUUUCUGAAAAAAUAUGGAGUCGGAGCAGCGUCUGAAGCGGAAGAGGAUCUACAGGCCCUACUCCCGAGCUCAGUUUUUGUCACGGAGGUCCUUAAUCUUGUGCCUUUCUUUCUUCGUUUUCCUCAUGUUCUUGUCUUCGGAGAGGUUCCCGAUCCGAACGGUGUCGUUUCACCCAGUUGUGAGCGUCCCCAGUCUUUCUAUCCUCUCCAAAAAUUCCCUUCAAGAUUCUUUUCAUGCUAAGUUACGGUUUCCUUUGAGCGUCGAAGACCGAGUUUUGUUCCCCGAUCACUUGCUCCUGCUUGUAUCCGACAAGAUCGAUGAAGCUGAAAAGUUGGACUGUGUUUACCACAAGGUUUUGAAUCAUAAGGAUGUUGUUCGUCAACGGGUUUUGUCUGUGGAUGAAUUCGAUGGAUUUCGAUCGGUUGUUAGGUGCCCUCUUCCACCAUGGAAUUACUCGGCUGCUGCGGGUUUGAUGUGGCGAGGACAUGGGGUUGAUUAUAGUUUGUCUCUGAGGAGUAAUCGGACGGUUCAUUCGUGGGAUAGAUUGGUUUAUGAAGCGGCAUUCGAUGGGAAAACUGCCGUUGUUUUCGCUAAAGGGUUGAAUCUUCGACCGCAUAAAGAAUCUGAUCCGAAUAGGUUCAUGUGCCAAUUUGGUUUGAAGAAUUCGGAUGAAGAAGAUGAAGGGUUUGUGGUAAUGACUGAAGCAAUAGUGGCUGCACAGGAGGUUGUUAGGUGUUCAUUGCCCAGCAGUAUAAGAAAUAAUCGGGACUUGGCUCAGGGGAUUCGAGUUACAGUUGUUCUUGCCAGCAGGAAUGAUGUCGAACAUGUACAGAUGCCAUCUGCAGUUAGAUUUCGCAAUUCCAGAUCCUAUGAUCACAGGAGGAAUCGGAUGAGGCAAAAGGAGAACAUUGCUGUGCCUUCUGUAGCUAAACUAUACAAUUCGAAGUCUUACCAGACAAAAAGGAAUGAUGGGAAAUUCGAGCUCUGUGCCUGCACUAUGCUCUGGAACCAGGCACCAGCACUGCGGGAGUGGAUUAUGUACCAUACCUGGCUCGGAGUUGAACGUUGGUUCAUUUAUGACAAUAAUAGUGAUGAUGGAAUUCAAGAUGUUAUCGAAGAACUUGAUUUUCAAGACUAUAAUGUUAGCAGACAUACCUGGCCAUGGAUUAAAACUCAAGAGGCAGGUUUUUCACAUUGUGCUUUGAGAGCAAGAAAUGAGUGUAAAUGGGUAGGAUUCUUUGAUGUCGAUGAGUUCUACUACUUCCCUCGUCAUCACCGGAGAGGGUUACCAGGUCAGAAUUUACUAAGAUCGCUAGUAGCAAAUUACUCGUCAUCACGGACGAUUGCAGAGAUAAGAACAGCUUGUCACAGCUUUGGACCAUCCGGAUUGAGCUCACCGCCAUUGCAAGGAGUAACUGUAGGUUACACUUGCCGGCUCCAAAGCCCUGAGCGACACAAGUCCAUUGUGCGCCCUGAUUUGCUCAACGAAACUCUUCUCAAUGUGGUGCACCACUUCCAGCUGAAAAAGGGAUUCAGGUACCUGAAUGUACCCGAAAGUUCUAUCAUAAUAAACCACUACAAGUACCAGGUAUGGGAGACCUUUAGAGCAAAGUUCUUCAGAAGGGUUGCAACAUAUGUUGUUGACUGGCAAGAAAACCAGAACCAGGGGUCAAAAGACCGAGCCCCAGGGCUAGGAACCGAGGCCAUUGAACCACCAAACUGGCGAAAACAAUUCUGCGAAGUCUGGGACACUGGUCUGAGAGACUUUGUCCUAGCAAAUUUAGCUGAUCCUGCCACAGGAAGCUUACCCUGGGAGAAGUCUCUUUUGUAACGAUACCAAAUAUGAUUGCUUCCAAGCUUGGUGCCCAUGGGAAACAGUGUAAUGACAACAACAAAACACAUUCUUUUCAUUUUUUUUCUUUUGCAUUUUUAUCUGAUUUUUUUAGACAUGAGAUCUAUUGAUUAUAGGUUCUUACACGGCUGUAAAUUUUGUGAUGAUGGAAUAACAUUUUUUCCCCUCUUUCAUUUC